AUGUAUUGUUAUUGUUGUUGUCUGCCCGUUGUUCCGGAAGCAGCGUGGGGCCCUUGCGUGACAAGUUCCGGUUGGACGGCUACCCGGACUCGGGCGAAGCUCGCGCGCCGACUCCUUCGAGUACGUGAUGUACGGCAAGAUCUACCGCAUCGAGGGCGACGAGUCCACCACGGAGCCGUCCGCCCGGCCCCCGCGCUCCUUCCCGGCGCGGGGACUCGUUUACACAGAGCGCCCACUCGCGCUAAGGAGAGGGAUGCGACAUCGAACAUGUGCGUUCGGCGCUGGGCGGGUUUAUUGAUUUAG